CGAGAAUAUAAAAAAUUUUGUAUUGUAUUUGAGUAUUAACAAUUAAUAUAUAGACUAUUAUUUCUGUUUGGAUUCGUUGAAUCGGAGCUUUUCAAGAAUACAUAGGUAAAGUUAUUUAGCUACGUGGUACAUCGCUUUACUAAGAACAAGUGGGCAAAGAUGCAAGACAAUACCUUAACAUACAUAUUCACCUGAUGACGUCGGAUCGAUUGUCCUUUCUUCGGUUGCUAGAAAUAUAUUUAUCUGGGACACGCCAGCGCAUUGAAGAUUUUUUCACGUGAACAUUCAUUGCAGAACUACAACCUACAUCGAACGGCACAGUAUAAUCUGUAGAAUGUUUUCUCUAACCAAGCUAGCGUACUUUGUUUGCGACGACGACGAAAGAACAUUUUAUGACGAUUUGGAGACGUUAAAAAUCGAAAUAGAACCAUGCUGUAUCGAUGUGUUGAAAUACCUGAAGAACGAAACAAAAUCAAAUAAUAUCGAUGACGAUAUUGAUUUAAACUAUGAUGGGUCAACCGCAAUCUCUCUUUAUGACAGUACCACUUCAUGCCUCGUGUCGAUCUCGUUUCAAGCCACAUCGUCGGGCGACCAUCACAAAUACGGUACAACUGACUCGAUGAGCGAAAAGGCCGCAGCCAGUGGACAUAUGGAGUGCUUGGCGUUCGCCGAAAGUCGCGGGUUCCCGUGGACGCGAACCAUAUGCGCCCAGGCGGCCGCCGGCGGACGGCUCGAGUGCCUUAAGUACGCGCGCGACCGGGGCUGUCCAUGGGACGUGUCGGUGUGCGAGAACGCCGCGGCCAACGGCCACUUGGAGUGUCUGCGGUACGCCCGGGAACAGGGUUGCCCAUGGGACUGGAUCGUGUGCGAGAAAGCGGCCGGCCGUGGCCAACUCGAGUGUCUGGCGUACCUCCGGGACAACGGGUGUCCCUGGGACGUGGCCACGUGUGAGGCGGCCGCGGCCGGUGGGCACAUCGACGUAUUGCGGUACGCGCACGACCACGGCUGUCCCUGGGACUCGACCACGUGCCGGGAAGCCGCGGCCCACGGCCACCUGGCGUGUCUUGUGUACGCCCACGAAAACGGUUGUCUGUGGGACAGCACGACAUGCGAAGCAGCCGCGGCCGGAGGCCACCUACUAUGUCUAAUGUACGCGCACAAUAACGGCUGCCUUUGGGACAUGUCCACGUGUGACGAGGCCGCGUCAAACGGCCACGACCAGUGUCUGGAAUACGCGCUAGAAAACGGUUGCCAGUGGGACGGAUGCAUUCCAUGAAUAUUGUACCUCCAAAUAGUUAUAUAAUUUAUGAUUAUCGUGUUUUUUUAGCCAUUCCGGUGAAAAUUUGUCAGUCUUCGAAAAAUUGUUGUUACCAUUCUAACGGUGAAAUGUGGUUUAUGAGGUUUUAUGUAUAAUAUUACAAGUUGAUUAAUUUGGUCUUGAACUCUGAGAACAGUCUACACAAUAGUCUAGACACAGAGGAUUUUUCAUUAAAAGAGUGAAACUCUGCAGUUUCUAACAGCUUUUUGUAUAAUUAUGCUUAAAUUACAAAUUCUUGAGGGACAAUAAAUAAUAAUGAAACGUUUGUGUUA